GCUUGUCACCAUCUCUUCUUCAAAAACAAGUCAAUAAUUGCUGUCCAAAAUCCAAUCUUUUGUCCUCUAAUUUCGAAUAGACUAGACUCUGUACUACUCGAUCUCUGUUCCUCUAUUUUCCUUUUAUAGCACACAACCUAACAAAUCCAUAGUUCUAAAGUAAUCAUGAGCAAAUUCUGGACUUUGCUUUCUCACCUCCAUGCUCUUGCUGGGCCAGUGGUGAUGUUACUGUAUCCUCUAUAUGCAUCAGUAGUGGCAAUAGAGAGCACAUCAAAGGUAGAUGAUGAGCAGUGGCUUGCUUAUUGGAUUCUCUACUCUUUUCUUACUCUCAUGGAGAUGGUACUUGAACCCGUUCUUCAAUGGAUACCAAUUUGGUACGAGGCGAAGUUGGCUUUUGUGGCAUGGUUGGUUCUUCCCCAAUUCAGAGGAGCUGCUUUCAUCUAUGGAAAAUUUGUUAGGGAAAAGCUAAUCAAGAAAUAUGGAUCUUCAUAUUUUCAAGACAAGUCUCAGUCUCCUAAUGGCAAACCCAAAAACAAGUUUGUGGAUUUCAUUACCCUUAAGAAGGGAGAGCAUUAAACUUGAUGAGGAUGCAGCAUAAAUUAGGCUAAGUGUUACGUGGAUAUAUGCAAAAUUGUUCCUUUCCUUUUGUAUUGCACUGACGAGAUAAUAUAUUUCUAUUGUUGUGGAUUAAAUGGACGGUUCUGCUAAUAUAGAUGCCAUGUAUUAUCUAAUUAAGAGGAGUUAUGAUAUAUAUGUCUACUCUUUGAUUCCCAA